UCAACCGCGUACACGAGUUCCGAAGCAAGCAAAUAAAAUCCAACAAACAGUUGAAGAUCUUGUUCAUCUUCAACAAUUGCAGCGUGUAUUCCAGCUAAGGAUCCGAAUUCUGAUUACUGGUGUAACUUUGAUUGCAUUUGAAUAGUAGAAUGGACUCAGAAUCUGCUGAUUCCUCCUCUCAACCUCAAACUAAAGCUUCUGAUGUUGAAACCUCUGCUGAAGACGGCACUGAUGUUAAACGGCCAGCAAAUACUAAUGAUAUGAAAAGUCAUUCAAUGGUCAACAGUGUGGAACCUCCUGCCAAAGCUUAUGUUCUUGAACCUCCAAAGGCUGGUGACAAUGCAUCUACUGAUUCUGUGAAAACCAUUUCCUCAACAGACCUCACACCAUCUGAUUUACCCUCCACUGGCAUAUCUUCUUGGGCAAGACAUUUUAAAUUACCACAGCCUAUAGCACCGCCUCAGGCAUCUCAAGCUGGAAAUGCAGGGACCUCAGCUUUUGCACGACUCACUGGUGGCCUUGGAUUGCAGUUGCAAUCGAUGACUCUACCACCUGAUAACCGUGCAGAACCAACCUCUACAGGAACACAAGCUGUUCUUGAAUCAUUUAAAAAGGGUAUAGUUGAGUCAUCUUUGAAUGCAGUGAAGGCUGUGCAGGUCAAAACACGCCAUAUGGUUUCCCAAAACAAAAGAAGAUACCAGGAGGGAGAAUUUGAUUUGGAUAUGACUUAUAUCACUGAGAAUAUAAUUGCUAUGGGAUUUCCUGCUGGUGAUCUAAGCUCGGGACUUCUUGGAUUCAUUGAGGGAUUUUACCGAAAUAAAAUGGAGGAAGUGAUCAAGUUUUUUGAAACUCAUCAUAAGGGGAGAUACAAAGUGUACAAUCUUUGUUCUGAGAGGUUGUACGAUGCAUCACUAUUCCAGGGGAAGGUUGCAAGUUUCCCAUUCAAUGACCACAAUUGCCCCCCACUUCAUCUCAUCAAAUCCUUUUGUCAAAGUGCUUACUCAUGGUUGAAAGAAGACAUUGAAAAUGUGGUGGUUGUUCAUUGUAAAGCUGGAAUGGGAAGGACAGGAUUAAUGAUUUGCAGUCUUCUUUUAUUCCUUAAGUUCUUUCCCACAGCUGAAGAGGCGAUUGAUUAUUUCAACCAAAAAAGAUGCGUAGAUGGGAAAGCUCUGGUUCUCCCAAGUCAGAUUAGAUAUGUCAAAUACUUCGGACAGAUCCUAACACACUUCCAUGGAGAAAACCAGCCUGAACGUAGGUGCAUGAUUAGGGGCUUUCGGCUUCACAAGUGUCCUUUCUGGAUUAGGCCUUCCAUUACCAUCUCUGAUCACAGUGGAACUCUCUUCUCUACAAGCAAUCAUCCGAAAACAAAGAAUUUAAUGCCAGAGGAUUUCUGGAUUAAGGCACCUAAGAAAGGGAUAGUAAUUUUUGCUCUUCCCAGGGAGCCUGGUCUUUCAGAAGUAGUGGGUGACUUCAAAAUCCAUUUGCAUGACCGACAAGGCGAUUUCUACUGUUGGUUAAAUACAACAAUGAUAGAGAACAGAACGAUACUCGAUGCCUCGGAUCUUGAUGGUUUCUAUAAGAGGAAUGUGCCAUAUCAUGGAUUCAAGAUUGAACUAGUAAUGGUAGACUACGACGGCGCACCAAAGGCAAAUUCUAAAUCCUAUUCUGCCAACAGAGGUACUGAGGGUAACUCGGGUAAUGUCAAUGAUGGAGUCGUCGAAGCCAAUUCGAAACAGAGCAAAGCUUCGGGUACUGAAGAAAGCGAUGACAUAUUCUCAGACAGCGACGGAGAGGAAUCAGGGGCUUCGACAAGUAAGCCAACUAGACGGGCUGCUGCUGUCGGACCUGUGACCUCCAGCAAUCUAUCGACGCCUGCAUCCGAGCAAGUAGUAGUAUCGAUACCAUCAGUCAAAAACCAAGAGCUUUUAUCGAAUAGUAGUUCCAAGGACAUUGCGAUUAAUGGAAGUGGCAAACAAUCGACGGGGCUUGAGCUCCCCAGUGUGGAGUUGAUGGGCGCAAGUGAUAUCAAAGCCAUGGCUGCUGAUGCUUCUGUCUUCAGUUUUGGCGACGAAGAAGAUUAUGAAAGCGAGUGAACUGGUGAAACAUUGUUGAGAGCAUUGCCUAAAGAUCGAGAUGAGAAACUCCCACUGAUUCUU